AGGAAGCGGGACAGAUCUCCCUGGCCCCAAAAAGGAUGCCAUGGAGGAAGCUCCUGCCCCGCAGACAUCACUCGUGAGCAACGGUCCCCUCCGAGGGCUCAUCGCCGCAUCCUGCAACCUCAGCAGGGGUGAGACGUGAGGACGGGGGCAUGGAGCAGCCGCCCGCCCGCUGGCAUCACAGGAGGGCUGGUCCAGCGGUCUGCGUCGUCCCCGGGGCCCGGCCGGGUGCGUCACGCCGUCCCGCUUCCCUCCCGCCCUCCCUGCGGCAUGGGGCGAUGGAGACGUCCAGCUCAGCUCUCGCAAGCGGGGAAGUGACAGCCGGCAGGCAGCGAGCGUUUCCCUGGGUGGGUGGGGAGCUGGUGGCUUCUGUGUGACAGCAAAGAGGAGGCAUUCGCACACAUGGGAACCGCAAAACGUCUCAGGGACGUUGCCGCCGGGCACAGAAGAGAAGAAGCGUAUGAGAAGGAAGACGGUAAUUUCACGCUCAACACGAUGGUGGGUUUGCAAACAGGAAGCUUUUGAGGCAACCAGCAGAUCAGUCUGCAAUGUGUCCUGUGAGGGUGACUCUUUGGAAAGCUGCUUCCGCUGCUGUCAGAACUGAUGACCAAGCGCUGGCACGUCUGUGUGCCCGCAGCCACCCACCCCUUCGCAGAAACCUGCAACUCUGGUCCCAGGGCCCAUUUGGUGUCCAGCUGAGGAAGAAACAGGGUACCAGAGCCUGCAGGAGGAACCUCAUCAUGGAGUUACCUUGUUCCUGGUGGCCAGAUCUCAUCUGGGAAGGUUUUGGCGUGGCAGCUUUGUAAAAUUUCACAUGCGAGCCUGACAGAGAAGACUGGAGUUUGUGGCUCUGGGACACCAAGGCUGUGCCAGGACUCUGCCCUCACCGGACCCCCCCGUGCCUGCUGAGCACGAGAGAGAAAGGAGGAAGAUGGACCGACUUCUCAACAACACGAUCCGUGACUGGCGUACAAUGUCCCCAGCGCCUAUGGAGAGCACGGUCAAUGGGGAUGGACACAAUGGGACCAGGUGCUUUGCAGAACACAUCCCUGAAAUCGUCACCGGUAGCAUCACGCUGCUUAUUUGCCUGUGUGGGCUGGUGGGGAACGGGGCCAUCCUCUGGCUCCUCGGCUUCCGCAUCGGGAGGAACCCCUUCACCGCCUACCUCCUGAACCUGGCCGUUGCGGACACCUGCUUUCUCCUCUGCACAUCGGCUUUCCUUGUAAUAUAUCAUAUGCCCAUGCUCAGCUGCUUUCAGCCAGAACUUUUGCGGGUGCUGCCGCUAUUUCACUCCAUGGUUCUGCUCACGUACAGCACCAGCCUCUAUCUCCUCACGGCCAUCAGCGUGGAGAGGUGUCUGGGUGUCCUCUGGCCCUUCUGGUGCCGAUGCCACCGCCCGAAGCUCCUGUCUGCCGUCAUGUGCAGCCUGCUGUGGGCCCUCGCCUGCGUGCUUGCGGGGCUGGUGUACUAUGUGUGCGACCUGGGGCACUCUGACCACUGCUGGAUGGUUCUUGGAACCUUGUGCUUUCUCAACUUCUUCUUUUUCAUUCCCUUUAUGGUUCUUUCCAACGUGAUACUCUUCAUCAAACUUAGGCGUAGCUCUUGGCAACACCAUCAAGUGAGGCUGUACACUGUCAUCUUCCUCACUGUUUUCUUCUUCCUCCUCUUCGGCAUCCCGCUCAGUGUCCAGAUCUUCCUCAACUACUUUAUCUACAUUAAUUUUGUCUUUGAGAUCUGCCUGUUGCUGGCCUCUGUCAACAGCAGCAUGAAUCCCAUUAUUUACGUCCUGGUCGGGAGCUACAGAAAAUGCAGGUUCAGGGGAUCCGUCAAAGUGGCUCUUCAGAGGGUCUUUGAAGAUAGAGCAGAUUCCCAAGAGGUGGGUGAGACCCCUGUGAUGGGAAUUGCUGCCUAAACCCCUAUGGCUGCAGACUGGUGCCUGGAGAGGGGCAGCCCUGCCUCUGCACCCUGGGCCAGCACCCGUAGGAGCAGAGCCCUCGCCCAGCUGGGUGAGCGGGACCGGUAGUGGACAGUCGUGUGUCCCCCAGGACACGGCCACGCUUGGUGAGAUUUCCAUGGGCAGGGCUGGUUCCCACCUCAAACUUAUUGUUAAGUUAUUUUAAUAAAAGCGUCCUUCAUGUAA